GAGGAAAUUGGCAGAGGAGAGGAGUGAGGUCAGAGGACUUCACUGGUGAUUGAUUAGGGGAAGGGACUCUAGAGCAAAAGGCUUUUGUGAGGUGAGAGGGUUUAGAGUGGAAGAUAGGAAUUGUACUGGGGUCCCAUGGGAAUGAAGGGUCAGAGUUGGAGGACAGGCGAUACAGGAGGCAUGAAGGGCUGCUACUGAGAGAGCCAGGGCUUCGGAAUGAAGAUUGCCUCAGUCAGUGGGUUUGCUGGUGGAAAAUGCUAACAGGCAUUGCAGUGCCUUGUGAGGAGUGAGACAAUGAAUAUAUUUUACUUAGCACAGUGCCUGGCGCAUAGUAAUGUGGGGCAUGAGUUGCUGUCGUCAUCAUCAGUAUGGAGGAGAGGAGGUAGAAAAGUAAGAAAGGAUGAUGAGGGUAAGGUAAGAAGGCAUGGGAGAGAAAAAGGCAAUGAAGCGAAAUUCCAACUUGGAAUGGGAUUUCUGGGAUGAAGGAUAGUUUGGGUUCAGGGGAAGUAAGUAAAGGAAGUGGCCAAGAGAAUCUUUGGGAAAGGAGACCUUGUGUCACUGAAAGGCCAGGGGGAGGUGAGGGAACAAGCCAGCUCUUUCCCUGAGGAGAAUCUCUAAGCUCUUCUCUCAGGUCCUCAGUUAUCAACUGGAGAAAGCCUCUGCUUUUUAGUGCUUCUGGGCUACUUACUUAGCUGAAGGGUGAAGGAGGAAGGAUUAGAUUUCUCUGAAGAGGUUUCCUUUUAAGAUGUCACAGUAAAUUUUGUUUGUUUCAGAAUUAUAAAGACCAGAGGGUUAGAGAUAGUAGUGCCUUUUGGAUCUGGUCUGAAGAACAUAAUAGGUCCGUGAUCAGAAGUGAAUUUCAUCCCUUAGUUUCUUUAUGCUUCUAGGGAUGGCUUAAGCCUAGGUAGCUCCCAUUUUGGGAGCUUAUACCCAGAGACUUUUUAAACAAUGGUACCUCCUGGUUAGAUAUAGUAGAAAACAGGUCUUUGGGCAUUAAGGCUUGGGGAACUUCUUAGUGGCCUCAGGUGAACUUGUUGCUCAUAGAACCAAGAGGCAAGGUUAAUUCAGGUGUUCCUUUUGACCACUGCCCCUCUUCCUAGGCCUUGGCCCCUCCAUCAGAAGAUGCUGCUGCCACCUGUCUACUCCUGAACUUUCAGGGUUCUGCCACAUUGCCCCAUGGAGGACACACCCCUCUCACUCAGCUGUUCCGACUGUCAGCGCCACUUUCCCAGCCUCCCAGAACUGUUACGGCACCGAGAACUGCUCCAUCCAUCUCCCAAUCAGGACAGUACGGAGGCUGACAGCAUCCCUAGGCCCUAUCGCUGCCAGCAGUGUGGGCGGGGCUACCGUCACCCAGGGAGCCUAGUCAACCACCGCAGGACCCACGAGACUGGCCUUUUCUCCUGUACCACUUGUGGUAAGGACUUCACCAAUCCUAUGGCUCUCAAGAGCCACAUGAGGACUCAUGCUCCUGAGGGCCGCCGUAGGCGCAGACCUCCACGCCACAAAGAAGCCACUCCAUGCCUCCAGGGUGAGACGGUGCCUACUGAUUCCUGGGGCCAGAGGCUUGGCCCUGGUGAAGGCUGGGAAAACCAGACAAAACAUACUGACGAGACACCUGAUUGUGAGUCUGGACCUGACCCCAGAACAGCUUCAGAUACUUGGGAAGAUUCACUCCCUAGACAAAAAGAAGGCUGGGAAUGCCAGCCAGAUCCUGGGGAGGGUGCAGAGGGCUGGGGGCCUACCACCAACCCUGCUAGAGCUCCACCACUCCCCACCCCAGCCAGUAGCCUCCUUAGCAAUUUGGAACAGUAUUUGGCUGAAUCAGUAGUGAACUUCACAGGAGGCCAAGAGCCCACUCAGUCCCCUCCUGCUGAGGAGGAGCGGCGGUACAAGUGUAGUCAAUGUGGUAAAACCUACAAACAUGCUGGAAGCCUCACCAACCACCGCCAGAGCCAUACCCUGGGCAUCUACCCUUGUGCCAUCUGCUUUAAGGAGUUCUCUAACCUCAUGGCUCUGAAGAACCACUCUAGACUCCAUGCCCAGUAUCGGCCUUACCACUGUCCCCACUGCCCUCGUGCUUUCCGGCUUCCCCGGGAAUUGGUGGAACACCAGCAGUCCCAUGAGAAUGAAAAGCAGGAGCGACCGUGGGAGGAGAAAGGGAUUCCUACCACUAAUGGGCACAUAGAUCAGAGUAGCCAGGACCAGCUCCCUAGUACACAGAUGCUCAAUGGCUCUGGGGAGCUGGAGGACAGUGGCCUGGAAGAAUACCGGCCUUUCCGCUGUGGGGAAUGUGGGCGUACUUACCGCCAUGCUGGGAGCCUCAUCAACCAUCGGAAGAGCCACCAGACAGGUGUCUAUCCCUGUUCAAUAUGUUCUAAGCAGCUGUUCAAUGCAGCUGCCCUCAAAAACCAUGUGCGGGCUCAUCAUAGACCCCGGCAAGGAAUUGGGGAAGAUGGGCGGCCAUCUGUACCACCAGAUUCCCUGAUGCUGGCUGAUACUACACACUCAGAGAAAGAGGUCCCCACCACCAUCCUGGAUCAUCGGCCCUAUAAAUGCAAUGAAUGUGGUCGGGCUUACCGCCACCGAGGGAGCCUGGUAAACCAUCGCCACAGCCAUCGGACAGGAGAGUACCAAUGCUCACUUUGUCCCCGCAAAUACCCCAACCUAAUGGCCCUGCGCAAUCAUGUGCGGGUACAUUGCAAAGCUGCUCGGCGAAGUGCAGACCCAGGUACUGAGGGUACCCCCAGCCACCUGAAGGUGGAACUCCCAUCUGACCUAGUGGGAGCAGAGGCAGCACCACACACAAAUCAGGAGCAUGUGUGUAAACAUGAAGAAGAGACCACUGAUAAUUCCUCAGCAGUAGAGAGGACAGUACCACAUAUAUGUAGCAUCUGUGGGAUGCUAUUUGAAGACCCUGAGAGCCUUGAACAUCACGGCCUGACACAUAGGGAAGGAGAAAAUAGGACAGAAACCAGGGUGUCACCUCCUCGGGCAUUUGCCUGCCGAGACUGUGGAAAGAGUUAUCGGCACUCUGGCAGCCUUAUCAAUCACAGGCAAACCCACCAGACGGGGGACUUCAGUUGCGGGGCCUGUGCCAAACACUUCCACACCAUGGCUGCUAUGAAGAACCAUCUGCGACGCCACAGUCGACGGCGGAGCAGGUGGCAUUGGAAGCAAGCUGGGAGUGCUGGUGAUGGGGGAGAAGGCAAACUCCUGUCAGAGGAGAACUGGGCCCAGGAGUUGGAAGACAAUGAGAGUCUGGACUCUCCCCAAGACCCUUCAGGGGAAAGUCCUUGUAGGGCUGAAAGGGAAAGUGAUGGGGACUAUUUGCAGGCUGAAUCUAAAGGAGACAGAUGUAGGCUUAAGAGAGAUGAGCCCUGUUUACAGGGUGAUAAAGAGAAUGGAGGCACUGAAGAACGACUGGAAAGGAAGGAAGUCUGUUUCCUUGACAACUUGAAUAUCCCAGAUGAUGAAGAAAGCGAUGGGACUCACUUCUGUGAUGGCGUCACUGGAGUGGACAAGGACCAGAAAUCACUCACUGGCCAGCCCCACUCCUCUUCCCACUCUGCGGAAGCUGUUUCUGGCUGGCAGACUGAAGUUGUUCACACAUGUUCUGACUGUGGGCACUCUUUCCCUCAUGCCACUGGCCUGCUGAGCCACAGACCCUGCCAUCCACCAGGCAUAUAUCAGUGCUCCCUCUGUCCAAAGGAGUUUGGCUCUCUGCCUGCGCUACGUAGCCACUUCCAGAACCAUGGUCCUGGGGAGGUGGCCUCAGCACAGCCUUUCCUCUGCUGCCUCUGUGGCAUGAUCUUCCCUGGGCGGGCUGGCUACAGGCUUCACCAGCGCCAAGCUCACAACUCUCCUGGCAUGACUGAGGGCUCAGAAGAGGAGGGGGAAGAGGAAGGAACAGCAGAGGCAGCCUCUGCUGAGAACCCACCACUGCAGCUCUCAGAAGCAGAGCUGCUCAAUCAGCUGCAGCGGGAAGUGGAGGCUCUGGAUGGAGCAGGUUAUGGGCACAUCUGUGGCUGCUGUGGUCAGACAUACGAUGACCUAGGGAGCUUGGAGCGUCACCACCAGAGUCAAAUUUCUGGGACUACCACAGACAAGGCUGCUAGCCCUUUGGAGGCAUCAGGUGAUGCCACAGAGGUGGCUACAGGUGAUGUCUUGGAGGGCAUAGUAACCUCUGUCUCUGGCAAGAAUGGAGACACAAAGUCUGAAGAAGGAGCAGGUGCCACAGUGGUAGACAACCUCGGUAUGCCUCAUGGUGAAAGUUUGCUGGAGACUCAGCCCCGCCCCUUCCGCUGCAACCAGUGUGGCAAGACCUAUCGCCAUGGGGGCAGCCUGGUGAACCACCGUAAGAUCCACCAGACUGGAGACUUCAUCUGCCCCGUCUGCUCCCGCUGCUACCCCAACCUGGCUGCUUACCGAAAUCAUCUACGGAACCACCCUCGCUGCAAAGGCUCUGAGCCCCAGGUGGGGCCCAUCACAGAGGUGGGAGGCAACAGCGAGCCCCAGAAUGUGGCAGAGGUGGGGCCAGAGCCAGCAGAAGUGGAGAAGUUUCAGGAAGAACUUAAAGUGGAGCCCCUGGAGGAGGUAGCAAGAGUGAAAGAAGAGGUGUGGGAGGAGACCACUGUGAAGGGGGAGGAGAUAGAGCCAAGGCUGGAAACUGCAGAGAAGGGCUGCCAGACUGAGGCCAGCUCUGAGCGGCCCUUCAGCUGUGAGGUGUGUGGCCGGUCCUACAAGCAUGCUGGCAGCCUCAUCAACCACCGGCAGAGCCACCAGACUGGCCAUUUUGGCUGCCAGGCCUGCUCCAAGGGCUUCUCAAACCUCAUGUCCCUUAAGAACCACAGGCGCAUUCAUGCAGAUCCCCGCCGUUUCCGUUGCAAUGAGUGUGGGAAGGCCUUCCGCCUUCGGAAACAGCUGGCCAGCCACCAGCGGGUCCACAUUGAGCGGCGUGGGGGUGGGGGUACCCGAAAACUGACUCGGGAAGAUCGGCCCUUUCGGUGUGGACAGUGUGGGCGGGCCUACCGCCAUGCUGGCAGCCUCCUGAACCACCGGCGCAGCCAUGAGACAGACCAGUACAGCUGCCCCACCUGCCCCAAGACCUACUCCAACCGCAUGGCCUUGAAGGACCAUCAAAGACUACACUCAGAGAGUCGUCGAAGGCGGGCCGGACGGUCUCGGCGGUCAUCUGUGCGCUGUGCCCUCUGUGGCCAUGGGUUCUCUGGCCGGGGAUCUUUAGAGCGGCACCUGCGAGAGCAUGAGAAGACAAAAAGGGAGCUGACCAGUGGUCUGGGAGGCCCAAGUGUCACAAAGGACAAUCGGGCCAAUAACCAGGUACUAGAAGGCCAAUCAGGUGGAGCUGAGUCAGUACCCCAGCGGGAGAACCAAGCCAUGAGGCCAGGGGAGCACAGUCAGAGCCCUGAUAGGGCAGCAGAUUCAGAAGCCACAAAGCCAGUGUCCUGGGGCACAGGGAAGGCAGAUGGGUGGCACAGAGACAGAAGACUGGUGAAUCAUGAACGAGAUUGGGUUUCUCAUGGUCAGGGACUGACCAAGCCAGAUGAGUCAGAGGACAGUGUCCCCAGGAGUCCUUGCCACUUUGAUGACAGCCAGUCAAGUGGACCUAGUCUGAGUGACAUGGAUAGCUGGAACAACAACAGAUCUCAGCUUCAGCCAGAGAGCCACUCCUUUUCCUGCAGCCAGUGUGGAAAGACCUACUGCCAGUCAGGCAGCCUCUUGAACCACCAAAAUACCCAUAAGACAGACCGACACUAUUGCCUGCUCUGCUCCAAGGAGUUCUUGAAUCCUAUGGUCACUAAGAGCCACAGCCACAACCACAUAGAUGCUCAGCCCUUUGUCUGCCCUGACUGUGGCAAGGCCUUUCAGUCCCACCAUGAACUGGCCAGCCACCUGCAGACUCAUGCCAGGGGCUGCAGUCAGGUGCCAGCCCAGACAGAGGAAGCCAGAGGUCCCAAAGCUGGGAUUGUGGAGGACGAGUUGAGUCUCACUGGUCGAGAGAAAGCCCAGGAGUCCCCAUCAGAAGACCCCAGACCCCCAGGAGAGAAUGCUGAGAGAGCUAGUGGAGGGCAAGGAGUAAAAUCCACGGUGGCUGAAGACAAAGAACGGCCCUUCCGCUGUGCCCAGUGUGGGCGUUCCUACCGCCAUGCUGGCAGCCUGUUGAACCACCAGAAAGCCCACACCACUGGACUGUAUCCCUGCUCCCUCUGUCCCAAACUUCUACCUAACCUGCUGUCUCUUAAGAACCAUGGCAGGACCCACACAGAUCCCAAGCGCCACCGCUGCGGUAUCUGUGGUAAGGCCUUCCGGACAGCUGCCCGACUGGAGGGCCAUGGGAGAGUCCAUGCACCCCGGGAGGGACCUUUCACCUGCCUGCAUUGUCCCCGCCACUUCCGCCGCCAAAUCAGCUUCCUGCAGCACCAGCAGCAGCACCAGGAGGAAUGGACGGUGGCCAGCUCUGGAGCUCCAGUGGCACCAGCCGUGGGCAAAGACAAGUCACUGCUCCCUCCACCCACUUCCAUGACCCCUCUCCUGGACCCUUCACCCCAGUGGCCUGCAGACCUCAGCUUCUCGACCUGAACUUCAAGUCUCCAAAGAUCAGAAUAUUGGGGGGGGGGGGGAGGGGGACAGGCAGGGAGGGGCUUGAUCUCCAUGUUUUGCUCAGGAGUAGUUUGGACAUCCCAUCUCUUCUCUCCUCCUACAGAGGACCCAACUCUGGCUUCUUCUUACAAAGGGGUGGGGCAUUCCUCCUGUCCCUGCCCUUGAAAGACCUUUUUCCCCUAGCCUUUGUCACCAUGCUUUUCCUGGUGCCAGCCUCUGCCAAGAUGCUGAGCCCCCUUACCAGCCAGAUUCCAACACUGGGGAGAGGCAGAUUCAGAGUGCCAUGGGUUGGGAAUGUAGACUUUUGCUA